AUGCAAGUAAAUAUAAGACGCAAUCUUGAGAUAGAACUAGACUACAGAAAUGAAUAAUAACAACAACCACAGCCAAAAGCAAGGUCAUUCAUCAGAGACUUUGUUAACUUCACCUUCAUCGGAAUCCUCUUCAACAUAAUGAUUACUCUUGUCGUAAUUAAUAGUGAUCCUCUUUUUAAAGAGUGCUUUAUUUCUGAGGAGCUAGUAUAAAAACUACAGAGAUUAAACAGCAUAUCAGGUGAAAUUAUUAUUAUUAGUAACUAUCACCUAGCUGUUUUAGUCUCCAUUAUUUUCUACGUAAAGAAGGGCAAAGACAUGUUUUGA